AUGUCAUCCUUUGUCCUAGGAUCCCUUCAAGACCAUUUGCAUUAUGACUUUUUACCAUUUACCCAAUGUACAAUACUUUUUCCCUCAAGUGAUGUGCUUCAAACAAGGAGGUAUGAAGCAAACCUGAUGACAUGCUUGCUAUAUGAUCCAUAUCUUAAGGCACUGUAUUGGCGUAUUGCAUCUGCAUCUACUCUAGCAACCAUGUUGGAGGGGCACGCAUAUGUUUUUCUCCAAGUAGUUGAUUGUUGUUGUUGUUGUUUUUUGAUGUUGCUAUUUUUGUUGUUAUGUGCUCUGCUGCUGUUGUUGAUUUGUGUUGUUGCUAUUUUGUUGUUGCUGUUUUUGCUGUUACUAUCGCUGUUUUUAUUGUCGUUCUUGCUUUUAUGAAUUACAAUUUCAGUCUUAUGUUGUUAUUUUAUAGUUUGUACUUUGUUGUUGGCUCUUGUUGUUGUGUUAUUUAAAAGUGGG